GAACUUCCGCUGUGACUGUGGAAACAGCAAGUUCAAAAAUCUGCAGUGCAAGUUAUUCCCAGAAAAAAGCAAGGUGAAUUCAGGAAAUAAGUAUAAUGACAAUUUCUAUGGAUUAUACUGUACUUGUAAAAGACCUUAUCCUGAUCCUGAAGAUGAGAUUCCCGAUGAGAUGAUCCAGUGCAUAGUUUGUGAAGACUGGUUCCAUGGAAGGCAUCUUGGUGCAGUCCCCCCUGAAAGUGGAGACUUCCAUGAAAUGGUGUGCCAAGCCUGCAUGAAACACUGCCAUUUCCUGUGGGCCUAUGCAUCACAAUUAGCAGUUCCUGCUUUGACCAAAGUGAACUCCCUUGAAGAUGAAGGGAUUGUUCUGAAGGUUGAGGAAAGUGAAGAGCAGAAAAAAGAAAUAAAAAAGGAAAGUGGAGCAGAACACCAAGAAACAAAGGAGGAAAAGCCAGUGGAGCCGUUUAACGAACCAUCCACGAGCUCUGGGUCUUCUUGUCCAGAGGUUAUUACUAAGAGCGAGGAGCCAGUCUGCAAGCUGAAAGAACUCCAAAGCAAGCCAUUUUUAAAAAAAGACACUGCUACCUUUUGGCCAUCGAACUGGAGAAGCAAACUCUGCACCUGUGCAGACUGUUUGAAAAUGUAUGCAGAUCUUGAAGUCCAGUUCCUGACAGAUGAAUGUGAUACUGUCUUGGCUUACGAAAACAAAGGUACCAGUGACCAAGAAACAGAGCGGAGAGACCCUUUAAUGGACACCCUCAACAGCAUGAACAGAGUGCAGCAAGUAGAGCUCAUCUGUGAAUACAACGAUUUAAAGACAGAGCUGACUGACUAUCUCAGGAGAUUUGCAGAUGAGGGAACGGUGGUUAAAAGAGAAGACAUUCAGCACUUCUUUGAAGAAUUUCAGUCCCGGAAAAGACGACGGACUAACAGGAUGCAGUACUACUGUAGUUAGACUGAGAGGGCUGGCUCUGAGAGGACGACUGGAAAAACAGCAUUCAUUGACAAACAAGAGGCAUCUUCAGUUUUUGGCUUCUCAUCCAAAUCCAGCUGCCCAAGAAACAUCUUCAUUUUGUCCCAUUUCUCUUAUCUGUAGCGCCUAGAGCGUGUUCUUAGCAGGUCCAUUGCAUUUAUAGGGAUU